GCUUUGUUGGGGACCCUGAUACUGACACACAAACAGUCACAUACACACACACACAGCACUGCUGCAGAUGGACAGAGGACAGAGGGACGGAGCUAAGAGGAACCUGUGAGUGAACAACCACCCAGAACAAAGAAAGACGGUGAAAGAAGACGAAAAGGAAGGGAAGAAGAGCAAGAGCGAGGCCAGAGAAAGAGGUGCUGUGUGCUGUGUUAGAGUGAAACCACCAACCUACCCAGCUAUCUACACUGAUCCAAGGCUGCUUCACUGAACACUUAUUUUCCCCUAAAGAAGAUCAAACCAACUCGUUUGAACAUUUUAUUGUAAAAGUAAGUUACUCAGUGGGUGAAUUUAAUAAACUCAGUCAUUAAAGUAAAGAUCGACUAAAACAAAGAAAAAAACACAUCGCCCACAGUCCAACGAUGCCUCCCAAGAAGAAGGCCUCCCGUCCGAAGAAGGCUGCCGUGGAAACCAUCUCUCAGGUCGCCAUGGAGGCUGUUUCAGCCACCUUGAAAGUGGAGAACCGUGGCGACGGUGUUGUGGUGAUGGAGAGCGGGGUGAAGAAGAUUGAGCAGAUGGCAGCUCUGGACAUCGCUCAGCUGAACAGCCUCAACCUACCCCUGCCGCCGCCCGUCAUCAAGCCCGGAGAGAGAGGCCUCGGCCUGGGCAGCGAGCUCACGCGACCCCUGCACGGCAACGCCCUGCUGGAGGAGCUCAGCAAGAUGCGCCAGGAGAAGUUCCUGACUGAUCUGGAGUUGGCUUGUAAGACAAAAGCCUUUGAUGUCCACAAACUGGUGAUCUCCUCAGUCAGUCAGUACUUCAGGGAGAUUCUGGCCAAAGACCCCAGCAUGAAGCGCCUCGAACUCCCCUCCCUUUCGCCUCUUGGUCUGGCCAAUGUCAUCACCUUCGCCUACCUGGGUCGCGUCCACAUGUCCCUGUACACCAUCAGCUGCACCGUGUCCGCCGCCGCCACCCUGCAGAUCCCGCAGCUCCUCAAGAUGUGCGUGGACUUCCUGCUGGCCGAGCUCAACGUACAGACCUGUGUCUACAUCUGGAACAUCGCCGCCGCCUACGCCCUCCUGCCUGUGUGCGACGCCGCCCGCCGCUUUGUGCUGGAGAACUUUGUGCAGUUUGCAGAGACACCGCUCUUCAACCAGCUGACCGUGGAGCAGAUCUCGGCCUUCCUGCAGGACGACUCACUGCUGCUGCCUUCAGAGGUCACCGCCUUCAAGCUCGCCAUGAAGUGGCUCGACUUUGAUGCCUCCCGUCAGGUUCACGCCGCAGAGCUUCUGUCACACGUUCGCUUUGAGACCAUCCCGGCCAGCGAGCUGGUGAGCCAGAUCCAGCCUGUGCCGCGCAUGAUGCAGGACCCCCAGUGUCACCGCCUGCUGGUGGACGCCAUGAACUACCACCUGCUGCCCUACCAGCAAAACACCCUGCAGUCCCGACGCACGCGGGUCCGCGCCGGGCAUCAGACUCUGCUCAUCGUCGGAGGGCGUCCGUCUCUCACCGAGAGAGCUCUGAGCCGAGAGGUGCUGUGGAGGGACCCUCGUGACGGAGGAGCCACCUGGCGUCACCUCACCCAGCUGCCAGCAAAGAGCUUCAACCAGUGCGUGGCUGUGAUGGAUGGUUUUCUGUAUGUGGCGGGAGGAGAGGACCAGAACGACGCCCGAAACCAGGCGAAACACGCCGUCAGCACCCUCAGCAGAUAUGACCCUCGCUUCAACACCUGGCUCCACCUGGCCAGCAUGCGUCAGCGCCGCACACACUUCUCCCUGGCUGCCAGCGGCGGUCGACUGUUCGCCAUUGGCGGGCGCAACGUGGAAGGUCUCCUGGCCACCAGCGAGAGCUACCUGCCCUCCUCCAACACCUGGCAGAUGCGUGCCCCCAUGGAGAUGCCCCGCUGCUGCCACGCCAGCGCCACUCUGCCCUCCGGAGACAUCCUGGUGACCGGUGGCUACAUCAACUGCGCCUACUCCCGCUCUGUGGCGUGCUACAACGUGGAGACCGACGCCUGGUCCGAGAAGCCUCCCAUGGAGACGCCCCGCGGCUGGCACUGCUCCGCCACCGUCGGAGGGAAGGUGUACGUGGUGGGAGGAAGCCAGUUGGGGCCUGGUGGAGAGCGGGUGGAUGUGCUGUCAGUGGAGGUCUACUCUCCUGAGAGUGGAUCAUGGAGCCGGGCCGCCCCGCUGCCUCUUGGUGUGAGCACUGCAGGUCUGUCCUCGCUGGCAGAAAAGCUGUACCUGCUGGGCGGCUGGAAUGAAGCGGAGAAACGCUACAAGGCGGCCGUGCAGAAAUACGACCCGGCCACAGACAGCUGGUCUAUGGCCGAGGAUCUUCCCGAGCCCACGGUUGGAGUCUCCUGUUGCACCCUGACGCUCCCGCAUCGCCAAACACCGCGCCGGCAGCACCGCAACACCCCGGGCAACGAAGAUCAGCAGCAGGUCGCCAAGAACCGAAGCAGAGAGAGCAGCAUGUCUUCAUCACAGAGCACCACCGCAUAGGAACACGGAGGAGGAGAGAGACCAGAGGAGAGCAGGGGCGGGUCAACCUCAGGACAACAUCUGGAUCAUGUCUGAUGUCUUUUCUGAAAAGUUUAGUGAACGUCACAAUUUAAGAACAAAACAGAUAAACUUAAAGGUUCAUGUUGUAAAUUUCUACAUUUAAAAAAAGUUCCAAACCUUUUUGAAAAA